AUGAACCGAAACAUUCUUCUCCGCUCCACUCGUCCAACCCUAGCCUCCAUUUGCCGCCAUUUCUCCGCCGCGACUGUAGACACGACGGCUGGAGCUGUGGUGAAGACUCGCAGCGGAGGCGGAGGAGGAGAAUCAGCAGCGACAGAAAAAAGAGAAGCGAGAGGAGCAAGUGUCGCCGGUGGAAGAGACACUCUAGGAGGGAGGCUAUUGAGCCUCAUGUAUACCAAACGCAGCGCCGUCGUAACUAUCCGGAAAUGGAAGGAAGAAGGCCAUUCCGUUCGUAAGUACGAGCUUAAUCGGAUCGUCAGAGAGCUCCGUAAAAUCAAACGCUAUAAACACGCACUCGAGGUUCGUCAAUUCGAAAUGCUCUCUUCCUUUGAUCCGUCACUCCGAUUCUGUUUGAAACUCUGA